AGACGGAGCGUUUUGACGCGCUGAGAGGAGGACAGAGCGUCACAUCUCUCCAAACGCCCAUCAAACUUUCUCACAGCCUGUAGAGAGGAGCCAGUCCUCUGAAGGAGGCCUAGACACAACGAGGACUCGUAGGAUUCUGGGACACACAACUGGGCAGCAAUGGAGACACAACUGGCGGUGGCUUUAGGUGCAAUUUGACCCUGCUGUGAAUCCUCCCGAAUCAUCUCCUGUAGUUCUUUUUUUUCCUGCGACAGAGCGACAGGGAUGGAGCAAGCACCGAGCCCUCCUCCCAAACCGGCCCACCACGAGCCCAUCAGCUUCGGCAUAGACCAGAUCCUGGGUGCCGGUACGGAGCCUGAGAGCGGGCGCACAGCCGGGAGACAAAGUGGAUCCGAUCUAAACAGCGGGGACGGUUAUUACAGUUUAGGAAGCCCGACCGGGGCCAGCGCGCCCUCCUACACCGCCUUGUCCAUUUCCCUCUCCGGUAUCAUGCCCCCGGUGGAGGCUGCGGGAUCAUACGGGGAAAGCAGAGGUCUGGGCAGCCGGGGAGUCAUCCGUGUCCCGGCGCACAGACCCAUGACAGCCCCGGGACCCCCAGCUCCCGUGCAGGGCGCUGUUCCCGGUUUUGGAGGACUUUGCUUUCCUUGGAUAGGGAACAGGUUCGCUAAGGACAGAAUAUCAGGUGGGACAGCUGUCAGCCCGCAUGGUUUCAAUCUGUGACCACUUACUGACAGCCAACAGAAAUGUGCUCACUUAAGAUACAGCUGGGCUCUUUAAACUGUCUUUAUAAAUAUUAACAUCAGUAUUGGACCUAUUUAUGUUUUACUACUGAACCUACUUAUGUGACCAGAGCUGAAUAUUAUUUUUCUAUUUAAAAAAUCAUUUGGAUUAAAUUAAAGAAUUGGGUUUACAUUGUGUUAAGUAUUAAAUAACAACAGUAUGGUUUGUCGAAAUUGCAGUUUUGGUGAUUUACUUUAUUUAAUGGAGAAUUUAAAAUGGAUAGGAACAGGCUUUUAAGUGUCAAUGUUGUACUUUUAUCUCUCUAAUAGGGAUUAAAUACAGAAAUUACAACACGACAAUAAUAAUAAAAAAUUCAGGUCCAGAGUAUGGGCCUCAUAUAUUAGAUAAAUAGAGUUAAAUGAAUGGGUUUAUAUCGCUUUCUCCACUCUUCUGUCCCCUUUAGAGCGCUAAUACAUUACAUUUCACAUUCACCUAUUCACACCACAUUCAUACACUAACAGCAGGAGCAGCCAAGUCAGUCUCCCAUCAGCAUAAACAAGCUUAACCACGUUCACACACCAGGAGCAGAUACAAGUCAAGUGUCUUAGCCAGAAUCUCCAACUCUAAAUUGUGAGAAAACUGUAGCUCAGCACUGAUCCAGAUCCGUCCUUUUAGGAUGAGGUGUAGACUACUGGAGCCUCGAUGAGCAGAGGCCUUCCUUAGAUGUGUAAAGAAUAAUAAAAGAACCCAAAUCCAGAGAUCACAGAUGUGAAUCCAUCUUUUCAACCCCAAACAGGAUUUUAUCACAACUUUCUUUAAUAGCUCCAUUUCAAAGACUGUCCAGACUCAUAUUUCUCCAUAAACCUCCCCCUCAUUUCUCUCACGUGGCUUACACACUAGUGGAAAUUGGGGUUUGUUGUCAGACAGUGCAGAUGUGUGUGUGAUCUAUGGCCUUAAAUUUACAUACAGAGUGGAGGGUGAAUUAUUAUUCUGUUUAGUUCUGUGUAAAAUCUUUGCUCUUGCACUCACUGACUCACUCACCGGGUUGUCUCUCCUCUCUCUCUGUUCGCCGCAGCUGCUCUGGUUCCGUUCGCCGUCACGCGGAGGAUAGGACACCCGUACCAGAACCGGACUCCCCCAAAGCGAAAAAAGCCCCGAACCUCCUUCUCCAGGGUUCAGAUCUGUGAGCUGGAGAAACGUUUCCACAGACAGAAGUAUCUGGCCAGCGCCGAGCGGGCUGCCCUGGCCAAGAGUUUGAAGAUGACGGACGCGCAGGUCAAAACCUGGUUCCAGAACCGCAGGACCAAGUGGAGGUCGGUAUGAAAAACAACAAUAACUUUGUGGAUAAACUGUCUUUAUUUUUUAUUUCAAACUGUAUUUAUGUUAAAUUGACACGGUAAACCUGGAAUUACAUCUGUGUAAACAUCCGGGGAAAAAUAAACUUUGAUUUUUUAAAAGUGACCCCGUGCACGCCCUAUUUCCGGUUGAUUGAACCUGUUGACACGGAAGUCAAAAGAAAGAAAAAAAAACGAAGUACACAAAAUACCAGAAAUUAAAAAAAAAUUAAGAGAUUUAAUUGUAAUUUAUUUUUAUUUCCCUUUUUCCUUUUUCUAUUUGGCGUUUUUAAAAACGUAAAUAAAAUCAAUUAUUCAUGAAAUUAUGUUAAUUGUAGUUUUAACCAAUCGUUUAAAAAAAAUCAAGACAAAAUCCUAAAUGUUAGUUUUGCUUUUUAAAAACAAAUCUUACUAAACUUUGCUUAAGACAUACUUUUAUUUUCAAUCCAGAGUUAUCACCGUUGUCACUUAAGAGCAUCUAAAUAUAUAUAAUUUUAGUACAAUUGUUGUUUUAUUUUCUUGUCUAUGUCUUCAACAUUUCACAUUUUUGUAUAACUCCACUAAAGCUUGAUUUGUUCUCUCUUCCAUCAGGAGACAGACAGCCGAGGAGCGGGAGGCGGAGCGUCAGCAGGCCAAUCGGCUCAUCCUGCAGCUCCAGCAGUCCGCCCUCCAGAAGUCCCUCAGCGAAUCAGCGGUGUCGGACCCACUGUGCGCCCAUAACUCCUCCCUGUACGCCCUGCAGAACCUCCAACCCUGGGCCGAGGACAGGGAAUAGAACCCUGACACCACACUGUAUUCAAAAAGCAGGGUCCCUGUGAGGAUAAACAUAUUAAAUAAGACCUACAUGAAGACAGUGGGAUGAACGUUUGAUCCAUGAAAUGGAGAAAAAAAAAUGAAGAAACAGUCCCAUCUGUUUGAGGUGAUGGACCUUGGACGGUGGUAAGUGGUGCCUGCCUUUGAACAAAUCUUUCUUGGAUUAAAUCUUCAAUACCUGAGACUUUUUUCACAUCCAGAGAGGAGAGAGAACUUGUCUAUAACAUUUAAUGUCACCCUGUGGUUGUACUUGUUAUGCCUGUGCUUAUUCUAGUUAUUAGAAUAAGAAGCAGACAGAAAUUUACCCAGCAGACCUGAAAAAGUAAAAAUAUUCUUUACACCAAGUUACGCUUGAUAAAUGAUUUACAAGGGUUUUUCCACUCAGUGCAGCCAAACAAACAUAACUAUACUAUAGAAAAUAAGCUUUUUUAAGGAGCCGAAUCUAAAACACCUUCAUAAUAAAUGAGAACCAAACAAAUGUAUUUUAAAUAAGCAUCCUCAUUUAUUUUGAAUACAAAUCAAAACAAAAGAAUCUCACAAAAUGCUUUUAAAAGCUUGUUUGGAUCAUUUGUGGAUUACUGGUGCUUAAACCGUAAACCGUCUUCUGAUCUACUUUUAUAAAUGUACCCAAAAUAACUCCAAUCACCUGUGCCGAGCACAGUUUGGUGCUCGGGCACUGUGUUCAAACAAUAGUGGAAAUUCUUCUGUGAACGGCAAUAAAAAGAAAACAGAUGCCCCGGUAAGAGGGAAGAGAAGUGCAGACAAUAUGAAAGUGGCUGUAAGUUGGGUAAUAAAAGGAGUGAUGCAUGUUUAGUGAUGGUGGUGACAUUUUUUCAUAUGCACAUUAUCAUGCUUUAUUUGUGGGCCGCGUCCUCUGGGAUGCAGGCUCAAAUGUACAAUUGUUUUUGUACUUUCUCUGUAUAUGUGUAAAUAACAGUAUAAAGCGUUCUUGUGACUCUUUUUGUUCUCGCUCUUUAUCAUGCAGUAUAAAAAUGAUUUUUACGUUUCAUAAUUAUGAGCUGUAAAGAAAUAUAAUGCAGAUAUAAGGUUAAAAAAAACAGACAUUAAUUUAAUUUCUUGAAAAGUUUAUUGAUAAAUAUAAUGAUUUUAUACAACAUUUUAACACGCACAAUUUUAUUUGGACAGUUUAAAGCUGUCUAUCUGUUUAUCUACCUGUCUGUCAGUCUAUCUGAAGUAUGUCUGGGAACAUUUGAUACAAGCCAGAGCUUUAUUACACUAUGGGUAGCACAGUGAGUGGGCAUGACAGGAAAUCAUCUAUAAAUCUGUACUUUUGUCCCGCUCAAUCUUCAACACGAUGGCUCUUGUGUGAAACAUGGCUUCCGUUCCUUCAGAAUCAGUGAAAAGGUCUCUCUCAUCAUCUGUUUUUCUCAACAGUCCUUCUGCUCCUCUGUCUGUCCCUCACAGUGAAAUGUUGGUCGCUCUCAGUCGGCGUUUUGCGACAAAAAAAAUCUUUCAUCUUUAGCAGAAAUACAGCCUGUUCAGGUGGACUGACAGCAGCGUCCACAAGAUGUAGCAACAUGCAACAGCAAAUUUUAUUCAGGAAGACAGACACCUUACGUCAGGACACCACGCACAUACAAACACAUGCACGGCCCUGCAUCUUUACUCUAGGAAACCCCUAAACAGAUUUUUUAUUCAACAAUGAAUGUCAGGUGAGUCAUUACAAUUUAGUUUUAUCUGACAGAAAGAUAGACAGAUAGGCAGAACUGGAUCACACAGACAGACGAAUGCCCCGUACAGCAGAAAAAAGCCACAAACACCACAUUAAAUAUCUUACGUUGUGUUGUUAUAACAUUAAAACACUAACAGACACUACUAGAAAACUCACAGGAGGAGAUUUAAAGGCUGCUGCAAGCUGUCAGGAGAUGAAUGCAAGCUAUCUGAGGUCAAAGUCAGCUCUGCAGACCUUCCCAGGACUGUGCGAUUUACAUGGAUCAAGAGAAAAAGUGCCUCCGCUCAGACCUUUGCUUACCAAGUGUAUGCACUUGGACAGAGUAAACUGCACACAAGUAUUUGUAUGGCACAUAUGUUGCGUUACAUAUUCCUCUACUGUGCAUACUUCACAAUGUUGUUCACUUUUGUUAUCCCAAAGCCAAAGUUCUACAAUUUUAAUUUAAGCCCAAAAGUCUGUUUCAGUUUACUCUUACUGCUAAGCUACUGUAAGGAUUUCCUGUCCAGCUUGAUCAUUUUUGUUUGAUUUACAUAGUCCAGAAAAGUUUCAACCAGUUUAGGAGAAUCAGUAUUUAUUUACAUAAUGUCCAAAGUGUCUGUAACUGUAUAAACAGCAAAAAAAGAGAGACAGAGACGGAUCAAAUGAAGGGUUGAAGUCUGAAGGACUUCUCUGAAACCUGUGAUGGUUUGUCGGCAUUGACUGGUUACAGCAAAAUGCUUUUCCAUGAAGUUCUGGAUCCAACACCGAGUCACAAGGUCCUUGUUUAUGUACUUUUUUGCGUAACCGUGCCUCCUCCUUGUUCCUCGUUCUUUACACAUGCCUGUGUUUUUUCUGUUGCCUCUUCUCCUGCUCCAUCGUUAGUCGGUUAGAUGACAUUUUCAAAGAGUUGCAGAGACCUCAUGAUGUUUUCAUCCUGCACAAACGAGAUUGAAAAGCUGAAAGGGUCCCACCAAACACCAUUUAAUUCUGUUUACUGGCCACUAGGGGGCAGUGAAAGCCUGUAAAAGUGUUAGUCAAUGAUUCUCUCUGCAGACAAACCUAUAAAAGCAGACAAACACCAAAAUUAAUAGCGAGGGCUGUGAGAUUUCCAGAGGAGGUUAAUGAGCAAAAAGCCAGAAAAACGGUUUGUGAAAGGUAAGUGAAAUUAUUUUUGUAGCAAAAGGCCGAUGUUUACAGCACAUGUUAUUGCUUUUAUUGCAGGAGAAGAAAAAGGUGAAAUUCACGAGUUUCACAGUUGCAUAUUUGGCAGCUUGUAUUCCUGCAGAAACAUGUCAAAAUGUCUGCUUUGUAAAGGUUAAAGGAUCCUGGAAGGGAAAAUGAAAAUACCUCUUGACAGGAGAGGAUGAAUUCAUCAAGUGUUACCACUCCAUCUCUGUUUUUGUCCAUUUUCUGUGGAGAGCAAAGCAAAAUAUUUUCAAGCUGUUAGUUUAAGGUUUGUAAUGAUCAUUUCAGUCGUAUGAUAAUUCUGCACUUUUCAAAGACCACUUAACCUUUAUUUUUAAUCAUUUUAGUUUUCUUUUCAUUUCUUUUUCUGCACAUUAUAUUAUAAAUAUAUUUUUGUUUGCGAUUUAUUCUCUAAAUUAACGUUGAAUAAUGACCACAAGCUGAAAUGUAAAUCAUAAUUUUUACUUGUGCAUCCUUGUCUAUUUUUAUUUGUUUUUGUUAUUUUGGUGUUUUUAUUUAUUAGACAGCAGUAAGAGAUCCAGAGGUUGUCACCUGAAAAAAGGCAUCCACAUGCUGUUUGGGUGCAUCAUUUUUCAAAACAGGGUAAGUGUACUUCCCCAUCAUGUCGUAUAUCGCUCUCACAAUGUCUGUCAUCUCCUGUCAAACAGAAUAAAAGUGCGUUUUUGAUAA